AUGGCAGCAUCGCCGUCUCCUCAACCACCUCUCUAUGCGUCGUUGCAAACUUUUAAUGACUGCAAUAGUAGUAACAACAAAGAAACAACAACUUCUUCAUCUAUAAGCAAAAUCAGUCCACUUAUUUUGUUGGUUAUAAUAGUACUAGCAAUUAUCUUCUUUCUCUAUGGACUUAUCCAAUUAGUCCUAUGGUUUCUGAUGAAAAGGCCAUCUUCUUCAUCACAUUAUAAUUCCAACAGAUUCCAAGAAUCCACCCGAACCCGCGCUUUUCAGAGACAACUACAACACCUAUUUCAUUUACAUGAUUCAGGUCUAGAUCAAGCUGUCAUAAACACUCUUCCUAUUUUCAGCUACAAAGAUUUAUUGGGUUUGAAGGAACCUUUUGACUGCGCUGUAUGUCUCUGUGAGUUUUCUGAUCAGGAGAAGCUGAGAUUAGUUCCAAUGUGUAGCCAUGCUUUUCACAUGAAUUGUCUUGACACAUGGCUUCUGUCAAAUUCUACAUGUCCUCUUUGUAGAGCAAAUAUCUCUAGCUGUAGUUUCCCUUUGGAGAAUGUGAGUGUUGAUGAUUCUUUGGUUAGUGAAAGAGAAAUAAUCGUAGAAGAAGAUAAAGUUGGGAAAAGAGUGUUUUCUGUUAGACUUGGAAAAUUCAGAAAUAAUGAAUUGGAGGAUGGUAGUAGUAGUUGUAGUUUGGAUGAGAGGAGAUGUUAUUCGAUGAGUUCGUAUCAGUAUGUGUUUUGCGAUUCAAAUUUGCAAGUGGUUUUGUCUCAAUCUUGUGAUGAUGAAAAUGGGAAUGUAGAGGGAAAGAGGAUAGGGAACACAGCCAAAGUUGAGAGUUUUUCUGUUUCUAAGAUAUGGCUUUGGUCUAAGAAGAACAAAUUUACUAGUUCUAAUGCUGAUUUUCCUUGAUUUUUUUCUUCUUGUAAGAAACUGAGAAAGGUAAAUGUAUGAUAUGAGGAAGCUCCAUUUUCUUGUUCUAA